AUGACUGAUGAAUUUAAUCGAUAUUAUAUUAAAAUUCGAACUAUUCUGGAAAUAGAUGCAAAAACAAUUUGCGAAGAACUUACAACAGUAUUGGAACCUGAUGCUCCAGCCUAUUCACCUGUUGCAAAAUGGGUAAAACGUUUUCAUGAAGAGAGAGCGGAUGUUAAUGAUGAAUUUCGAUGCGGUCGUCCGAUUUUGGUAUUUACAGAUGAAAAUAUCGAACAGGUUCGACAAGUUAUCGAAGAUGCUCCACAUUCAACCUAUAAUGAUAUCAUAGCUGAGACUUCUUUCUCUCGUGGUACAAUAGAACGAAUCAUUCAUGACUGUUUAAGAGGCAUUGCACGUAAGCCACGACCAAUUCAAGCAGACCCUUGCUCAAUCGAACUCACCGAUUUGGCUGAUAUUUUUACAUUAGGUAGGUCUAAGAGUCUUAGAAAGAAACUCAAAAUUUCAGCUCAAACGGAUGAGCCAUUUUGGAGAUAUAGACGAUACAAGUAUGAUAGGGUGGAUCCCAUUUGGAGUACUUUAUAGUGCAAUACUUUCCAGUAAAUCUCUAUUAUUUCGAGAAGAACAAAAGAUAUCAUUGAGAUUUUUUUAUCAUAAAUACUACCGACGAUGGGCUAUAUUUUUAUAGUAAUAAAAGGGUGUGGGUGUGGGUGUGAGUGUGAGUGUGUGGUGGGUGCGAGUGUGUGGUAUGGGUGUGGGUUUUAAAAAUAAGAAAUAAAUUCACACCCACAUCCACACCCACACCCUUUAUGGCCUUCAUUUCUAAACUGCCAGCUAUCUUCUUUUUUAAAAUGUCUGCUUUUAACAUGUCAGCCAUCCCUUUUUUUAUAACUCCUUUUUCUAAAAUGCCUGCUAUCUCUUCUAAAUCUCCUUCAUUUGUUUCAGGAAAUUGAGGAAAGUCUUCUGGCAUUAAAUAAUUCUGAUCCUAGAAGUAACAAAGAUAACGCUCAUUGAAGAAGCGAAAUAGCUUAAUGAUAAAAAUCUUAAUACAUACUUCCCAUUGUACCCCAUGCCCAGAAAAAUAAAAUAGGACCACAUCAUUCGGCUCUAUUGAAAAUUCAAAAUCGAGAAUCUUACGUUUUAUCUCAGCAUAUGUUUUGACGAAUAAUGAUGUAUCAAUAAUAAAACCAAUACGUUGCAAGAGAGAUGACAGCUUUUCCGCAUCAUUCUUUGCGUUUUUUAAUUUCGGGUGGUUUUCAUAAUCAUCAAUGCCAAUUACAAGCGCUAACCGACGUCGUGACACAGACGUAGCACCAGGUAUUGCUUUCGUUGCCAUUGGAAAUUACGUCAAUCUGAAAAGUACAUUUGGCAUCAAAAGCUAUGUCUAUAUAGAAAUCUUGACGCUAGAAUAAAAAUUUAGGACUUUUCAAAGAUGUUGACUAUAUGGCUAUGUAUGUAAAUAUUUUAGCCUAUGGUUCAGUACAUGCAUUCACUUCCUUCUAUUGACUGAUGAAACAAAUUAAAGCUAAAACAUUGUCCGGCGAGGAAUCUUUGGUUUAAGUAAUGCAACGAUAGAAAAAAAUACAACAAGAAACUUAAACUGGAUCGAUCAAGCGAUGUUCCAUUUAGAGCAAAAUUUACCGAUUUGCCAAUCAUACUCAUUUUAUCAUGAACAUGAAAACAUCUACUCUUUUGAUCCACCAUCAGAUUAUCAUCAAACACAAUAAAAAGUAUGAGUGAAAGAAACUAGACCACGUAUGUAGUGAGUACGUGUCUUCAUCCAUGUUGUUUUUGAAACAUUGCCAUGUACACUGGAAAAAAAGGUGCCGUACCGAACCAUUUUGUUUCAAAAAUCGAAACCUAUAAAAAAGUUUUGUAUGAACCUAAGUCACCUUCAAAAUGAUUUUCAGCGGUCUAGAAAUCUUUUUUUUAGAGGUACCGUAGAUCCCUACGAAACCCUCAUUGGUUUAGUAUUCAUACCAUUUUCUUUCCAGUGUAUGGUAGAGACACUUUUCGUUGAAUCAUUGACAUUGCAGUGUUUCAAACAAGAAAAGCAAAACAUGAAUAAAGAGACUGUACUUAAUACAUAUGCUCUAGUUUUUUGUCUUUCACGGUCAUAAUUUGUAUUAUAUGAUGACUGGAAGACAGAUUCAAAGCUUAUGUGCUUUAAUUUUUGCGAUAGACCAAGCAUGAUUGCCGAAUUAGUAUCAUUUGCUUUGGCCUUAUUUUCAUUUACUUUGACUUCAAACAGAAUGUAAUGCUCUUCGCCGAAAACAAGAUCGUCGAAAAGGGUGUGGGUGUGAGUGUUGUUAGCAGAAAUGCCACCUGCACCCACCCACCCACACCCAUGACGUAUAUAAGUAUAUGAUAACACUCUGGAACGUUGUUACUUUAUAAAAACAUUUUGUAGUAUUCUCAGCUUUGAUCAUAUUCUCAAGAUUUGUUGAGAUAUGACUACGCUUAUUUUGUAACACUCACGAGUUUUGACUUAAUCCUUAAUUAUGAACAACUAUUUGAUCACAAACUGUUUGUAGAAAAUUUUCAUAAGUCUUAUCAAAGUAAAAUCAUUACAAUAUGGUAAUUUAUGUAAAAUAGAGCAUAGUUUGAUGAGAUUACAUUUCUUAGAUCUAUUAAUCGUUAUUGUUUCAAAUAUCCUCACCCAAAAAUCAACAUCUUUAGAAUAGUCUUGAACUCAUUUCGUUUUUUAUCAAGACAAUUAUCUAUUUUGAUAUAUGAGUUAGGAUUCACUAUGAAAAAAAAAGUGAGAAGAAAAUGUUUAUUCUAUAUUCACUCCUUAGAAUCGAAUCUUUGUUGUCUUGGUUUUUCUGAACAUGGGCAAACAAGACAUUACCUUGUCAACUGUUUAACAUUGAAAACUAUCAACAUUUCUAUAGUCUACUUCAACACAACCUUCACUUGUAUCACUUCUGCUCUUAUCUCAAGGUGGUUCAAAGAGUUUGUGGUACAUAUAUUUUCAAUAUUAAAUAUACCAUGAUUCAGAAUGAAGUAAUGUUUGAUUGGCGAAUAAAGAGUGUUCAUUAAUGAAAAAAAAGGAUACUAACAAUAUCCAUAUAUAGGCGAUAUAUCUACACGUAACAUUUCAUAGAUAAUUUUUAAUUGCAGACAUGUUCAAAAAUUUCAACGUCUACAAGCGUUCAAUUGAAGUUAAAUCUCCUUUUGAAAAACUAGAAUAGCAAGUAGCAAUUCGAGAUCACUCAACUAAAUACGAAUGAAG